UGCUGCGGUCCAUGGCGGCGGCGCCCGGGCGGGGAUGGCGGGGCCGGCGGGCGUAGGCAGCCCCCCGGGCGGCAUGGCGGAGUGGCGGCAGUGCGGGCGCUGGCUGAUCGACUGCAAGGUGCUGCCCGCCAACCACCGCGUGGUCUGGCCCUCGGCCGUGGUCUUCGAGCUGGCGCAGGCGCUGCGGGACGGCGUGCUGCUCUGCCAGCUGCUGCACAACCUCUCGCCCGGCUCCGUCGACCUCAAGGACAUCAACUUCCGUCCGCAGAUGUCGCAGUUCCUUUGCCUGAAGAACAUCCGGACGUUCCUCAAAGUGUGUCAUGACAAGUUCGGCCUCCGGAACAGCGAGCUCUUCGACCCCUUCGACCUCUUUGACGUGAGGGACUUCGGAAAAGUCAUCUCAGCCGUUUCCAGACUUUCUCACCACAGCAUUGCUCAGAACAAGGGCAUCAGGCCCUUCCCUUCAGAGGAGACUACCGAAAAUGAGGAUGAUGUUUACCGCAGUUUGGAAGAACUGGCGGAUGAGCAUGAUUUGGGGGAGGACAUUUACGAUUGCGUCCCAUGUGAAGAUGAAGGAGACGACAUCUACGAAGACAUCAUCAAAGUGGAGGUGCAGCAGCCCAUGAUCAGGUAUAUGCAGAAAAUGGGCAUGACAGAAGAUGACAAGAGGAACUGCUGCUUGUUAGAAAUCCAAGAAACAGAAGGGAAGUACUACAAGACGCUGGAGGAGAUCGAGAAGAACUACAUGAACCCAUUAAGGCUGAUCUUGACUCCACAAGACAUGGGGGCCAUAUUCAUCAACUUGGAGGACCUUAUUAAAGUGCACUUCAACUUUCUCAGAUCCAUCGAUGUCUCCAUGAUGGCUGGUGGAAGCACCUUGGCCAAAGUUUUUCUUGAAUUCAAAGAAAGGCUUUUGAUCUACGGCGAGUACUGCAGCCGGAUGGAGCACGCACAGACUACCCUGAAUCAUCUCAUGGCCAACCGAGAGGACGUACGGCAAAAAGUUGAGGAAUGUACCCUGAAGGUCCAGGACGGGAAGUUCAAGCUUCAGGACCUGCUGGUGGUGCCGAUGCAGAGAGUUCUGAAGUAUCACCUCCUGCUCAAAGAGCUGCUCAGCCACUCGUCCGACCGGCCAGAGAAGCAGCAGCUGAAAGAAGCUUUGGAGGCCAUGCAGGACUUGGCCAUGUUCAUCAAUGAAGUCAAACGGGACAAAGAAACCCUGAAGAAAAUAAGUGAAUUCCAGAGCUCCAUAGAAAACCUGCCAGUGAAGCUAGAAGAAUAUGGGCGGCCAAAGAUCGAUGGGGAACUGAAGGUCCGGUCCAUCAUCAACCACACAAAGCAGGAUCGGUAUUUGUUUUUGUUUGAUAAAGUGGUGAUUGUCUGCAAGAGGAAAGGCUACAGCUACGAGCAGAAAGACAUCCUGGAACUUCUCUGUUACAAGAUGACCGAUGACCCCACCAACAACAAGGACAUCAAGAAGUUGCAUGGGAAAAUGUGGUCUUACGGCUUCUACCUCACUCACCUUCAAGGCAAACAGGGAUUCCAGUUUUUCUGUAAGACGGAAGAGAUGAAACGGAAGUGGAUGGAGCAGUUUGAAAUGGCCAUAUCCAAUAUUAAGCCCGAGAAAGCCACGGCAAACAACCACCAGUUCCAGAUGUUCACCUUUGACAAGACCACCAAUUGCAAAGCCUGCAAGAUGUUCUUAAGGGGGACCUUCUACCAAGGCUACCAGUGCCUGAAGUGCAAGGCGGGCGCCCACAAAGAGUGCCUGGAGGUCAUCCCACCUUGCAAAUUCAGUUCUCCGGCUGAGCAGGAAUCACUGAAUCUAGGUCCUAAAAUGGUGGCCCUCCAGAAUUACCAUGGCAACCCAGCUCCACCAGGGAAACCCGUGUUAACUUUCCAAAUGGGCGAAGUGAUUGAGCUGCUCCGAGGGGAACCGGAUUCCCAGUGGUGGGAGGGGAGGCUCGUCGUGUCCAAGAAAUCUGGCUAUUUCCCCAGCUCGUUGGUCAAGCCUUGCCCAGUGGAUGCGCGGCCUCCCAACAGCCGCCCUCCUUCACGAGAGAUGGACUAUUCCACGUAUCCCUGGUUUGCAGGCAACAUGGAGAGGCAGCAGACGGACAACCUCCUGAAGCAGCAUGCCAGCGGGACCUACCUGAUCCGGGAGAGGCCAGCCGAAGCCGAGCGUUUUGCUAUCAGCAUCAAGUUUAAUGACGAGGUCAAGCAUAUUAAAGUGGUUGAAAAAGAUAACUGGAUCCACAUCACAGAAGCAAAAAAGUUUGAAAGCCUCUUGGAAUUGGUGGAGUACUACCAAGCCCAUUCGCUGAAGGAGAGCUUCAAACAGCUGGACACAACGUUGAAGUAUCCAUACAAAUCCCGGGAACGUUCGGCCUCAAGAACCUUAGCUCGAUCCCCGGCUGCCUGCGCUUCCUACAAUUUUUCCUUUCUCAGUCCUCAGGGCCACCACUUCACUUCUCAGAAUCCCUCCACUCCUUUUUGGUCAGUCUUCACCCCUCGGGCCAUCGGGACUGCAGUGGCCAGGUACAACUUUGCUGCCCGGGACAUGCGGGAGCUCUCCCUGCAGGAAGGGGACGUGGUGAAGAUCUACAGCCGGAUCGGCGGGGAUCAAGGCUGGUGGAAGGGAGAGGCCAAUGGCCGAAUUGGCUGGUUCCCUUCGACCUACGUGGAGGAAGAGGGGGUGCAAUGAUGCCCAGACUGGCAAGAGCUACUGUCCCCAAGGGCAGCCCCGGCCCAUCUCUGGGCCUCCGAGGGAAACAAGACUGUUCUUCCAGCACCGAGAAGAGACCCUCCCUGGCCCACUCCCCAGUCCAUGGGUGUGAGUGCAUGAGGGGCAUGUGCAGCGGUGGGGCUGGGAGCAGGUGUGCGCAUGGGCAAGGCACAGCUGCUUCUCUCCCACCAAUUUCCUGGCACAGAAGAACCAAACGCUGUUUGCAGAAAACCUCGAAGCCUCUGGGGAAGGAAGGUAGGCAGGACCCGAUGGCCUGGCCAGAAGUGGCUGCACUACAAAGCCUUCUGAAGUGUGGAAGAUGGGCUUGGUAAUGUCUGAUGCUUGGAUGGGGCGCUAGCAGAGAUGCUUCUCUAGAGUUUGGGAGGCACAGGAGGAUUUUGCAAAGAGUGCCCUUAGCUUAGGAAUUUUGUGCAGGGAGGCUUCUGCAAGUCCCAGCGUCCACUGUGGCUGUGGGCCAACCGAAGCUGCCCUAAAUGUGAUCCAGAGGAAAGAGUCCACCCGGUUACCAUGUGAGCAUCCCCAGAACUGCUGGGGCUCUUCCUGAGCCUAUCUUGAAUCAGGGACUGCGGUGCAAACACCUGACUGAAGAGAAGGAAGUAGAAGAGAGAUGUGGCUGCACCCCCCGGGCUCCACGGCUGCCUCUCCCUCUGUUGUGUGGGUCUUUCCUCCAUCAGUCCUGGGAACCUGUCUGAGCUGGCUGCCAGAAUGGACCCCGUGGCCUCCAGGAACCUCUGCCAGUCACACAACCAGCUUGGCCUGGCAUCGGUUGGGUUUCUCAGGGCCCGCCAAUUCCUGAUGGCACCGCUGCCCUCUGAGUUCCCCAGAAGGACUUUGCAUUAUUGCUCAUCCUGCUGGCAAAACAGUUUCCAUCCAUCCAGGGCCCCUCAGAGCUGUAGGAGCUUCUGCUGGGAGAAGAGGCUGCCAAAGAGGAUUAGCAUUGAAUAGAACAGGCGGCGUCCAGACGGCUGCCACAGAUGCGCACAGAAUGAUCCCUCGCAGGGAUCUCUCCAGCAUUCGGCUUCCACCCCCCCCAAACUCUGGGGAGUUGCCGCGAAGGAGGAAUCUCUCUGCCUUUCAGACUGGGGAGAUCCGCUGGCCAUGUCCAGGCAGUAAAGACGGCUCAGCUUUCCCUUCCAAACAUGCUUCAGGGAGCCCUCUUGGGCACUGAGCCUCUUCCCUGGCUUCCUCCACUCUCUUGCAAAAGGCUUUGGUGCCAAGGGGCUGCUUGUGGGCAGGAGCUGGGCCUCUCCAGGGGGCAGAGGCCAAAGUCUCCUGGAAGCUGCUGCCCCAUAGCGCCCUGGGAUUGGCACACCCCUGUCUGCCUGCUCCCAGCAAAUCUGUGCUUGAAUGCCCAGGCAGGUCUGGAACCCCACAGCGGGUUCACGGUUUGCCUGAAAUCAGCCUGAAGUUUAAAAUCUUCUUGGCUUUUUCAGGCUGCUUCUCCCCUUUUGCCCACUGCAGACAGCCUGGCAAGCGACCAUUCCCUGACAUGGCUGUCCCUCCAGAAAUGGGGCUGGCCCUAGGCCAGAGAGCAGGGAGAUCUUUCAAUCAUUGCCCUUUUCAUGUAGGGAAAUACGUGUGGCAGAGAGAAGCAGAAGGUCACCCCCACCCCACCCCACUAUGGCUGAUCUCAACAAAGCUGGAUGGGAUCCCUGUAGAACUCUUUGGGUCAUCAGGCAAAUCUCCCCCUGAGUGGGGGAGCUCAGCUGCCUAACACCCGUCCUCUCCCCAUAGACUGAGGCAACUGAGGGGUAGGUAGGUAGGAGAAAGGAGUGAGGAGUCUGUCUGUCUGGUCUGUGAAAACCCCAGUGACCACUAGAUGGCAGAAGAGAGACUUUUUGUCUUCUCUCUCUGCUGCUCUCUAGUUUUUGUCUGGAGUGGAUUCAGUGCUAGGAGCUGGGGCUGAGAGAUGCUUUGCAGAACCAGAGCGGAGAAAUACACUGCUCGUAUCUCCCAGACCGCUCACCAGUUCCUCCUGAAGGAUUAGAGAGGAUUAGAAAGAGGCAUAAAGGCACCAGGGAGGACCCACCGCAGCAUACCCAGUGAUAGAGGAGAGGGCAUGCAGUGUGUUCCUAACUGUCAGCUGGCCCCUUUCCCCUCUUGGAGAUAGCUUCUCCUCUGUGCUGCAGAUGGGGCCGAGGCCUCCAGGAGGAGUCCAGGCUUGAGGCACCUGCUCUCCACCUCUUGCAUCUCUCCCCUCUUUCUGGAUCCCUCCAGAAUCCCCCCCCCCAGUGGAUGCAGUGGGGGAAGGUGUGGGAGGAAUAGAAGGAGAUCGAUUGUGACCCCGUCUGUGGAGAAGUACAAGCAAAAGAAAGCCAACCAUUGAGUCAAAACCUGCCUGCAUUUUCUGUGAACUAAGCGAGGGAGGAGCUGGCAUGGUGGAGUUGCAAGGGCAAGAGAAGUGUUGGGCCAGGACUGGGAGGUCGAGGGUGAAGCCCACUCCUCACUGAGUGAGCCCCGGGAGACGUGAGACGUUCAGACCUUACAGAAAUCCAUUGAACUUUGGAAAAUGAGGUUAGGCAAGAGGAAAACUGAAAAGAGGUGUUUCUUCUCAAAAAACUAGGGAACAUAAUGCAAUCGUACUAUGAGGUAAUCCUUCUGAAGAAAUGUCAAACUAUUUCUUGAUUGAAAAAAGGAAGGCUUUUUUUGUUUGCUGAUGUAACAUGUCUUUUUCCCCCCAGGAGGUGCUUGGUUUGUAAUUAAUUACUCUCCUACUUGUGAAUAAGAAAAAGGAUUUUUAUUAAAAGGGCAAAAUAUUGUACAUAUAUUUUGAUUUUGCAAAAAUGUUUUUAAAAAGAAAUAUAAUAAUGGGAAAACAAUACGGAAAAAGUU